AAAAUUUGUAUACCCAAUUCGAAAGUCGUUUUCAACAAAUAACUGAAUGAGCUAAUUCCCGGAAGAAGAUUUUACCCAUUUACGUCUCUCAUUUCGUGAUUAAACGAUAUAGUGAUGUAUACUGGGUGAUUAUUAUUUUUUUAAUAAAGUGGGUGAUCGAUCUACAAGAAAUAUAUAAGUCGCUCAAAUGGAAAAGUCGACCGUAAUCCCACCGAUUUGCAAGGCGAAUCCCGACGGAUCCAUUAGCGGGGACCAAGAAUGGUUGCGGAGGGCCGAAGAAGAGCUGGGAGAGACUCCGGAGGUUUUCCAGAGAGAGCUGGACGCUCUCAGAAGCAUGCUGCAAAAUGACACGAACAUUAGAGUACCAGAUCACGACAAAUUUUUAGUGAGAUUCCUCAGGGCCAGAAAAUUCGAUAGCAAAAAAGCUUUUCAUAUGCUUCGGCGGUAUUAUCUAAUGAAAAUCAAAUGUCCAGAACUAUUUGGAUGUCCAUUGCCUUCUCAGUCUGAAACGAUGUUUCAACUACAAGCCCAAAAUAUGUUAUCCCAAAGAGACCAACUAGGUAGAAGAGUGUACAUAAUAAGAGUAGACAAUUUCGAUUCUUCGAAAGCUGCCAUCGAAGAAGUCUUCAGGACCAACACCCUCGCCCUGGAAAACGCCGUUCGCGAGCCAGAGACCCAGAUCGCCGGCCUGGUGGUCAUUCUGGACAUGGCCGGGCUCAGCCUGCAGCACGCCAAAUUCUUCACACCCUACUACGCCAAGAAGAUGGUCGAGCUGGUGCAGGAGACGUUCCCGUUGCGCUUCAAGGGCUUCCACAUCGUCAACGAGCCCUUUUACUUCGACGCCGUCGUCGCGGUUCUCAAGCCCUUCCUCAAAGAGAAGAUACGGAAGAGGAUAAUUCUACAUGGCAGUGACAUAUCUUCUCUUCAUGCUUUCGUUCCCAUUGACAUUCUGCCUACAGAGUAUGGUGGUACUGCCGGAAGUUUUGACAACAGGCCCUGGUACAUGGAAAUGCUGGCAGAAGAAAAUUAUUUCAAGGAAUUGCAAACUUUCGGGUAUAUUAUGGAAGUUGAAGAUGAUCAAACUGAUGGAGAAUAGUGUCCGUUUCAAGGACUGUUAAUUCUCUGUGAUCAAUAUCAUAAUGAUUGUUACAACAGUGCGUUGAUAUACAUACGUUGAGCUAAUGUCAG